AUGAAGCAGAGAAUAAGCGCAUUGGACCUUCAGAUUUUGGCAAGAGAGCUGAGAAACAAUUUGGAAGGCUAUAGGUUGACAAAUAUCUACAAUAUUGCCGACUCUAGCAGACAGUUUCUGUUAAGAUUCAACAAGCCGGAGUCAAAAGUCAGUUUGGUUGUGGAUUGUGGCUUGAGAAUUCAUCUAACCGAUUAUGAUAGACCGAUUCCUUCGACACCUUCUGGAUUCGUUGUGAAACUAAGAAAGCACCUGAGAGGAAAGAGAUUGUCAGCUCUUCGGCAGGUGGAAAAUGAUAGAAUCCUUGUCUUGCAGUUCGCUGACGGUAUGUUUUACUUGGUUUUGGAGUUUUUCAGUGCUGGUAAUGUAAUCCUGUUAGAUGAGAACAAGAAGAUAUUAUCCCUACAAAGGAUUGUUCAUGAGCAUGAAAAUAAGGUUGGAGAAGUCUAUAAUAUGUUCGAUGACCGUAUAUUGGCGGCAGAUUUCGUGGGCAACGCCGGCUUGAUGGUUGAGCCUAGGCAGUACAGCCGCGAUGACGUAAAAUCGUGGCUCGAUGAAGCUAUCACCAAAUUCUCGUUGCAGUCGAAACUAGCUGCGGUUGAGCAAGCGAUGGGGUCUAAAACUGAGGGGAAAAAGAAGAAUCCCAAACCGACGACAAUUCAUAAGUUGCUGCUGAGUAAAGAACCACAUCUAUCUUCCGAUCUGCUAUCUAAGAAUUUAAAGGGGCGGAAAAUUGAUCCAUCGACUCCUUGCAUUGAGUUUUCGGAUAAGGAGCAGGCUUUGGUAGAUCUUUUGCUUGAUACAGAGGCCGAAUAUCUACAUUUGCUACAAAGUAAGGAUGUAGGUGGAUUCAUCGUGGCCAAAAAAAACGCUCACUACCAGGCAGAAAACGACUCUUCAGAUUUAGAGUUCAUAUAUGAGAACUUCCAUCCUUUUCAACCGCUAGUUGAGGAGAAAGAUGCUGACAAGAUAAAAGUGAUACAUGUCCCUGGCGAUUAUAAUAAAACUCUUGAUACAUUCUUCUCGACUAUUGAAUCUUCAAAGUAUGCUCUUCGUAUCCAACAGCAGGAGCAAUUGGCCAAAAAGAAGCUAGAGGACGCAAGGCAGGAAAAUGACAGAAAGAUCCAAGCUUUGCUAGAUGUGCAGUCUUCAAAUGAGCAGAAAGGUCACACUAUUAUUGCGAAUGCCGACCUAGUUGAGGAAGCCAAGUUUGCCGUCCAGGGCUUAGUGGAUCAACAGAUGGACUGGAAGACUAUUGAAAAACUUAUCAAGCAUGAACAGCGCAAAGGAAACAAGAUUGCAUUAGUGAUUGACUUGCCAUUGAAACUUGAAGAGAACAAAAUAAACCUCUUACUACCUCAUAAUCCAGAUCAUACUGACCAGUCCGAGAGCAGAUCGCAGCUUUCCAGUAGUGAUGAUGAAGCUACCGAGACGAGCGACGACGAAGAGGCCGAAGAUUCCGAUGCAAGCGAAGUCUCGGAUUUCGAAACUGAGAACACUUUGGAGAGAGCAAACGUUAAAAAACCUGUCAAUAAAGAUAAGAUCAAAAUCGAAAUCGACUUAGAUCUUUCAGCAUAUGCUAAUGCUUCCAAAUACUUUACAGUCAAAAAGAGCUCGGUUGAGAAGCAGAAGAAGGUUGAAAAGAAUGUUGAAAAGGCUAUGAAGAACAUCGAGCAAAGAAUAGACAAGCAGCUAAAGCAAAAACUGAAGGAAUCACACAAUGUGCUUAGGAAGGUUCGUGUCCCGUAUUUCUUCGAGAAGCAUUUCUGGUUUUAUUCAAGUGAAGGAUUUUUGGUUUUGAUGGCUAGAAGUCCGAUGGAGACAGAUCUAAUUUACAGCAAGUACAUUGAGGAUGAUGACAUUUACAUGUGCAGUAGCUUUGACACUCAGGUUUGGAUAAAGAAUCCAGACCGCACUGAAGUGCCGCCAAAUACCCUGAUGCAGGCCGGAGUUUUCUGUCUAGCUGCUAGCGAAGCUUGGUCGAAGAAGAUAUCCUCAUCACCUCAAUGGUGCUUUGCUAAAAAUGUUACGAAAUUCGAUCAAACGGACGAAGGUAUCCUGGAACCUGGUAUGUUUCGUCUAAAGAAGGAAAGUGAAAUGAAUCACCUACCACCAGCUCAAUUAGUGAUGGGCUUCGGAUUUCUAUGGAAGGUACAAGGUGAUGACGAGGACAUGGCAGAAGACGAUAAGAAUAAAGAUAGUGAAGACGAAGAUAACCAAGAUGAGAGUGGCGAUGAGGGCGAAGAGAAGGACGAGCACGAGACUGAGAACACAAUUAUUGAAGGAGCUAGUGAAACCAAACCUGAGGCCGAAUUUCAAGAAGUCAGGGAACUUUCCGUGGAAUUGAAACACCUUCAAGUGGAAGCCACCUCAGAGCCUUCGGAGGCGCACAAAAACACGGGUACCGGUACUGCUUCUGUUACUGAUGUCACAGAGGUUCUUCCUCAAAUGAACAAGAAUGUUCGAGGAAAAAAAGGCAAACUGAAGAAAAUUCAGAAGAAAUAUGCCGAUCAAGACGAGGAUGAGCGCUUGAGAAGACUGGAGGCAUUAGGAACCUUAAAAGGUCUCGAGAAGAAUCAGUUAAAAGCACAAGAAGAAUUAGCCAGGCAACAGAACAGGGAAUAUAAGAAGGCCAGACGAGAGAGACAGAAAGAACUGCAGACACUCCGCUUUACGAAAAAUGAAAAGGUUCAGAUUAAUUACGGCAAAAUCGCAUCGGAAAUCAAGGCCAGAACUGAUAAAGAUGACCAAAUAGUGGAUGCCAUUCCUGUUUUUGCGCCAUGGUCAGCAUUGCAAAAAUGCAAAUACAAAGCAAAGAUUCAGCCGGGUUCUGGUAAGAAGACUAAGACUGUAACCGAGGUCCUGAAUUAUUUCUGCAAUAGAGACGUAGACCCCUCAAUGACUGACAGGGAAGCAGAUUGGCCAAAAGAGCACGAGAUAAUUAGGCAGAUGAAACCGCAAGACUUAGUGUUGAUAAUUUGUUCAGACAAACUCAAAGUCUCCCUGCCGGGCGGAAGCAACACUCAAAAAGGGAAGGCCAAGUCAAAGAAGAAGAAAUAG